CCAUGUCAUCGACUUCCAAACCUCUUUGAGUUCAGAAAUCUUCCUAAUUCUCUUGAGAUGCUAUGAAUCACCAUGGUUUUGUGGGAAAGAAGCCAAUCAAUUGGGAAGCUACCGAGCAAGGCCAGGCCUAUCAUCGUCAAAGGCCCAACCAAUUCCACUUGUGCCAUGUCCGAUCCCAUUAAACCCGAGCAUAUUGGCGUUCAAUCCCGAUCCAUUCCCCAUUAUGACCACAACAGCCAAUCAAUCCAACAAGAUGACCGAUACCUCGGCCAUAGCCCAAUUCCAGGGCGGGACUAGGGCGGUUCACUUUGACGAUUUGGACAGUGUGAUCAGUGAGGAGGAGCCCAUCUAUGCCUCCGCUGGCACUCAGACCUCAUCCCUUUGUUCCGAAGGAGUCACCAGGACAAGCUCCUUCAUUAGUUUGGGAUCAACCGUGAUCGAAAGUCUUUAUCCCGCCACGGCUCCCAACGAAUACAGAGGUUUCAUGAUGAGUAACAGCUUCUUGACGGAUGGUGGCGAGUCCUUGGAGGAGUUCAAAGGCCUCUCCAGCACCAAACAGAAUGUGGAGUUAUUCAAGAUUUUGAGUGCCAUUGCUAGUGAGAUCGAAAACCUCCGAAUGUCCACGGAAAAACGGUUCUUAGCCUUGGAACAAGUAGUGCAGAGACAACAGGGCAGUAGCUCAGUGACCACGGUAGGAGGUUCCAGCUCUCGUAGCUCGGGAGCUAAUGGUAUCCCUCACCAAUGGGACAAAAUCAAGGCUAAUCGAGCAUACAACCAAUACAAGAACAUGGCCGGACCCAUGCUUAAACAAAGGCGGGAUUCCAAGGCCUCCAAGGCCGACUCGAGCUUGAUUAAUCAAGAGUUGGCUGAGGAGGAUGAAUCCAGUUUGGGUAGCCUUGGAGAUCAAAGAUCGCCAUCGUGGCCUCGGCUGACUGAGCUAGAAUAUCUCAGGGAGAAAAAAAGGGCAGACGAGCAACUCGUCAUCCUCAAUGUGGGCGGAGUCAGGUUUGAGGCAACAUGGUCUCUUCUGGAACGCUUACCCCAGACUCGCCUGGGCAAGUUGCGAAAAUGUCAAACUGACCAAGAAGUUUUGGAACUUUGUGCCGGCUUCAAUCCCGAAACCAACGAGUACAAGUUUGACCGACAACCUCGCAACUUCCCGUGUGUCCUGAACUUCUUGAACACGGGCAAGCUCCAUUUGGGGGAAGAAACUUGUGUGAUUGCCUUCUCGCAGGACAUGGAAUAUUGGGGAGUGGAUGACCUCUAUUUGGAACCCUGUUGCGUUCAGAGGUACUAUCAACAACGGGAACUCCUCAAUUGGGAUCACCAGAUCAAGAAAGAGGAGGAAAACGAAUACUUUCGACCAGGUCGGGUGGGCAAGUUCCAAAAGAUUCUUUGGGACCUGUUUGAGAAACCGCACACCUCCUUAGGAGCCCGGAUCGUCGCCAUCAUCUCCAUCACGUUCAUCAUCAUUUCCACGGUGGUCCUGACGCUCAAUACGCUUCCGUAUUUCUCGGCCAGAAGCCAAGAGGAUCACGAAAAAGAUUACCCUCCAUUUGCUCUGCUAGAGGCGGUUUACAUGUCUUGGUUCACCUUCGAAUUUGUGAUACGUUUAUUGUCAUGCCCCAGUAAGGUCAAGUUCAUGAAGAGUCUUAUGAAUGUGAUUGACCUGUUGGCCAUCCUCCCGUACUAUGUUAGUAUCGCUCUGGUCAACUCCACAGACAUUGGACAACUCACCGAGGUCCGGAGAAUUGCUCAAUUUUUCCGAAUUAUGCGUAUUCUUAGGAUUUUCAAGCUAGCCAGACAUUCAGUGGGCCUUCAGAGCCUUGGCUUUACUUUACGGAACAGUUAUAAAGAGCUCGGCCUUCUGAUGCUAUUCAUCAUCAUGGGAGUACUGAUCUUUUCCUCAUUGGCAUAUGUUUUUGAAAAAGACGACCGCCAAACCAAGUUCACUACCAUGAUGGAUUCGUAUUGGUGGGCUUUGAUUACCAUGACCACGGUUGGUUAUGGUGACAUCAGUCCGGUAACCGGAUUUGGUAAGGUGAUAGGAUCUUGUUGCGCCAUUUGUGGCGUCUUGGUGAUAGCCCUUCCGAUUCCGAUAAUUGGGAACAAUUUCGCGGCCUUUUACAAGAACGAACGCCGGCGAGAGCAAUUGGCGGAGAAGAAAUUGGCCAUCGAGCGCGCUCGGCGCAAAGGCGCCAUUCAGCCGUUCCCGGGGCAGACCUCGCUACCUUUGGAGGAAAAUUUGGGCCUGGAACUGGAUGUGACGGAAUUGGACACAGAAAAGGCCCUAAUUGCCGCCGCCAAACACCCCAGUGAGCCGAGUCUCACUCAUUUUGGGAUUGAAGUGGACGACAUAAGCAAUCAGACCAUGUUCACCCGACCCGAAAUCCUGCUCUCGCCUGGGACACGCCCAACAUCCACAGGGAGUCUCCAAGAGCGAGUGUUGCUCAAGGCCGCCAAGUCCAAUUCCAGCUAUUCCGAUCGAGAGGCCAUGAACAACGGAGGAGGCCGUCAACGAAGGCUCAAACGGAACAGUCUUCCAAUCGUCGAGGGCAGCAACGCCAAUGCUGAUGCAUUGAAGUACAUGGCUGAUGAUUGACGUUCAUGGCAACCCUGGUAGUUAGCUCGACUAUGGAGAUUGGCUUUUGAGAGAGAGAGAGAGAGAGAGAAUCCGUUUGGCCUUUGCAUAUUUUGAGCACACACGUGGUCCAAUCUGACGUGAAGGUCACUAAUUUGGGAAUGAAUUGGCCAAAGACGGCCUUGAUUGAUAACAACAACAACGGGUUUUGCGUGUCUCAUCCUGCUGGUGUGUGCUGUAUUUUGGUCCUAACCUUGAAUCCCUUGCGCCCUCGUACACACAACCAAACGGCCUUCAAGGCCGUCUUGUGCAUUUUCUUUUCUUGCUUUACUUCGUGACAGUUUUGAUUGAAUUGACCCCGUGUGCUUCACGUGAAGUUUCGAGAUUGAAGAGAGUUGGAGACAACAAAACAGUUCCUGGAAUGCGGUGGAAAACAAAACUCACUCACAAACCAUCUGGUUUAGUUUGUUGUCAUUUCUUUAACCCCGCACAAUAACGUUGGCAUUUAUUAGAUACUUGUAUAUACGAGUUGAACUGAACCAAUUGUCUAUCAGAGUGUAUACACAACACUAAAUAUUAAGUGACGGCCUCUGUCGUUUCCAAAAGGUCAAACCUUUUAUAUAGAGAGGAGACCAAAAUGAACCGGUUUUCUUUCACUUUGAGGAAACAAGCCCUUAGACCAAGGAAUUUAAAGCCGUUCUGCUUAGUAGAUUAAAAUCUCCUUUGUGUAAAGUACGGUCUUCUAUGUACGAAUCUUGUAUUCAUGAUAAGUGGGGUUUUGUUCCUAGAAUCCUAAUAUUUUUUGCGGCAGAAUCGCUGAUAAACUGUGCUAUUUGGUUUCUCGAACAUAAACAACAAUUGUGGACAAAACGCCAUUUCAAAAAUCUUUAUUGCAAUCAACUGCAAUCUUAAAAUGAGUUCAACACUGCGUCUUUUAAUACUGGAAUACAUAUCUGACAUGAGCUUCUCAAGCUAGAUUUUACCUUCGACCAUUCAAAACCAUCAAAUACGUUGCUUUUCUGGUAAUUGAAUUGUGGCGAGAUCACGGCAAAAUAACUAGUUGUUUGUACUGAAGUUGACAAAUAUUUAUGUGACUUACAUCCCCAUCUAAUCAUUCUUUCUAUAGCAAAAAUUUGAUAAUUUACUAUAACAGAAACUGUAUGUUAUUUUGCUGAAGUUAAAAGACAAACUGAUGCGACCGAAAGCCGCUUAUUUUACCCAUAGCUAUCUGGUAAGCACGUUGGCCGCAAGUGAUUAAAAUUGUUUUCAAUUUGGGGUCAUCAAAAGAAGACAUCGAUUGAUUUUCAUAAAUAUGAUAACUAUGUGUGCAUUUUCAUCAAAAUGGAAAGGUUUCUUUUUAUUUUCCUGUCGUGAUGCUUGACCCAAACACACCCAUAAUAUUGUUCUCUAUCUAAUUUUGGUUUGCUUCGU